UUGCAGAGUGAGUAUUCCUCACAGGAGCAGCUCUGUGAUGCGCUUGGCGAACUGCGGUUCAGCAGCAAUGAUGGGUCAAACGAAGAGUGUCAAACGCGUCCCCGUUCUCGCAGUUUAACGAGCCCUGCUCGAUUCGGAUCCGAUUCAGCGUGCAGUUUUGUCGUUCGUGGAGCGAUCUAUAAGGAACGUUUUCCAAAGGAGAAGCGCAGUUCGUUCUCAUCAUUCUACGACGACGAGGCGGGUUUGCGUGCUGAAACGGAGCGUGAGCUGCCGGAACGUCGUCCACCCUGCGAGGAGGACUUCGAAACUAUCCGUGUAUACGCUGAAAGAGACAUUUUGACAUUCACGGACAAUCCGUUUGUUGUGUCAUUCUAUGGUUCAUUCGAGACGCGGCACCAUCUCUGCAUGCUUAUGGAAUAUGUGGAAGGUGGCGAUUGUGCAGCGCUGCUGAAGAAGGCCGGGACAUUACCGCUGGAUACAGCACGGCUCUACAUUGCAGAGACUGUGCUUGCCAUUGAUUAUCUUCACUCCUACGGUAUUGUGCAUCGUGAUUUGAAGCCUGAUAACUUACUGAUAACAGCAAUGGGUCACAUAAAAUUAACCGAUUUCGGACUUUCAAAAAUAGGCCUGAUGAACCGAGCCACGUUACUUUACGAGAAUUACGUUGAUUUUCUCGAUACACAGCAAUUCACCGAUAAACAACUUUGUGGCACUCCAGAAUACAUUGCACCGGAAGUAAUCUUAAGACAAGGAUACGGUAAACCAGUGGAUUGGUGGGCGCUUGGUAUUAUUCUUUAUGAAUUCCUGAUUGGAAUUGUUCCAUUUAUAGCCGAUACUCCAGAUCUUCUGUUUGAAAAAAUCGUCGGCGAUGAAGCGGAGUUUCCUGAGGGUGAAGAAGCACUUCCCGUAGAAGCGGAGUCGCUGAUCAAGCGUCUGUUGGAAAAAGAUCCAGUAGAACGGCUUGGAACGUUCAAUGGCGCGCAGCAGUUGAUGCUUGAUCCAUUCUUCGCUGGCUUAGAUUUUAAAUCGCUGCUACGACAAAAAGCGGAAUUUGUGCCACAGCUCGAGGGUGAAGAAGAUACAUCCUAUUUUGACACUCGAACUGACCGGUUCGUUUUUAACUCAUUUGUUUGA